GAGAGAAAGUCUCCGCGAAUGUACAGGCGACAUUUACAUAUUUUUGACUGAUGAUUGUUGUUCAGUUUAAUACAUACUUCCGUGUUAGUUAGUUAACUCAGAUGAGGAUGGUGUAUUAUAUAAUUUAUCAGUUAGUGCACAGCAUCAUUGUAUAAAUUAUACGACGCUUCAAAAUGCGGACGACAACUAAGCUAACGCUGAAAGAACGAAUAGAAUGCGUCCGCCUGUACUCCCUUCAUGAACAACCACGCAAAGUUCAACUGGCUUGGCAGCAAAAGUUUGGAACGACUCCACCAUCGUGCAAAACAAUUGUCGCCAUCAACAAGAAAUUUGAUGCCACCGGGUCAGUGGCAGAUCUCUUGAGAACCGGGCGACCCAAAACAUCAUUUACCCCCACAAACAUGGCUCUGGUCGAAAAUGCAAUUAAGAAUGACCCUGCGAAGACGUUAAGAAAACUCGCUACUGACCUAGGAAUGAAAAAGACGAGCGUUCAACGUAUUAAAAGAAAUGCCGAAAUGAAUGGAACUUUGGGUCAAGAAGAAAAAAAUAGGUUAAAGGACACAAUUGCUACUCUGAAUAAAAUGGUUGGAUAUCUAGAACGGAAAUCGACUGGAUCAAACUCACCAAAGAAGAUUUCGGAUGGCAGAGAACAACAGAGUAUAAAUAUGAUCCCAGACACAGAAAUUCAAAUAUUACAACCACCACAAGAAAAUUUCAGAACAAUUACACAUGAAAUACAGAUUAUGGAAUCCGAUCAAAGCGAAGUUGUAAUUCCUUCGGUUUCUUUGGACCCAUCUACAAUCAUUUUAACACCAUUAAGUUAGCAUCAUCAAUUCCUGAAGCGGCAUUGGUUGUUAAACAAUUUAUACAUUUUACAGCUAAAAUUCCCAUACUCUGAUGAACAAUUUAUUUUGCUGCAUAUUAAAACAUGCAGAAAUUUUUAGUUUAUUGAAGGCUCUGAGAUUAAAUGGUGAAUAACUCGUUGAGUCACUGCCAGGAUGGAACAUUUUUCAAAGGGAAUUCUUUGAAAGAAAAUAAUACAAUUUAUUUAGAACGAAAUCGCGUUUAUUAUUUUUUAAAUCUCAACGAAUUUAAUUAUCUUUAAGAUUAUAUAAGUUUUUGAAAUAUUAUACGCGUUAAUAAUCAACUAAACUAAUGUUCUUAUUUUUAUACAUUUCUGUUGAAUUAAAUUAACGUACUAGUCGUCUUUCAACUAAAGUUGAUGUUCAUAA